CUGCUGACGGUGUCGGUGUGGAAGCUCCACCGUUGCCGGUUGCAACGGGGCGGUCUCCGCCUCCACCGGAGCCUCCAGCUCUCGUUACUGCUCCGCGCCGCCCGACACCGGUAUCUCAUCGCCCGCGCCGCCGCCGCCGCCGCCGCAGCACAACCGGCAAGAAACCCCCCGGCGACCCUUCCCCCGGCGGCGGCGACGACGACGGCAACCGGACACCCACCGAGCCCGGACGCACCGGACACCCCGGGAUGGGGCGAAACCCCGAGACCGCACAACCUGGACCCCCGCAGCGACCGGGACCCCCACAUCGCUCAGGAGCGGGGGGACCCCCUGAGACCACCCAACCGGGACCCCCGGAGCGACCGGGACCCCCUCAGCUCAUCGAACCGGGACCCCCGCAGCGACCGGGACCCCCUCAGCCCACCGAACCGGGACCCCCGCAGCGACCGGGACCCCCGCAGCAACCGGGAUCGGGACCCCCAGAGCGCUCAGGACCUGCGGGACCCC